AUGAGCCACCUCAACAACCCCAACUCGUUCGACAACGCCAACAACCGCGACUUUGUCAGGCCCACAGUUCAGCCUUCUGAGCCCAUGAGAAACGACGGCCACCAACUUGCCAGAAAGGUCGCUCCCGCUGACUACAAGCCUGAAUUCCGUGCUGAGACUCAUCCACCGGGCACAGCUCCUGCUAGCAACUCUUACAUCCCCAACACUACGGCGGAGUCUGGUAAUCAGGCCAUGAACCCCCUUGUCGAACGUAGCCAUGGCAAGGAAGCUGUCAAGACGUCGGCUGAACAGACCCUGACGGGGGCCACUUCCAAGGAUGUCCACAAAGGUCUGGGCCACCCCGGCUCUGGUCAAACAAACAACGAAAUCAAGCAUGAGGGUGCACACCAUCGAAAGCACAACGGCUCUGGUCUCGAGGGUGUGGGUAGCUAUCGCCAAGAUAAGUUCGAGCGCAGAAUGCCCGAGCAGCGUGGCAUUGAGCGUGAAGAAGCACAGUCCGGUCACCAUGGCGAUAAGGGAGUUUCUGCUGCUGAAGAUAUCCCCCCUCAAUCGGCUGAGACGGUGGCAUCGGGGAGAUAG